UCUGAAUAAUGACAUGACAUUCAUGGAGAGACAUUUUCGUUUCGUUGUGAGAGUUUCGUGGUUCCGUUGAACAGAAGAGGCACAAUCGCAGGGCGAGAACGAACGAACGAACGAACGAAGAGAAAGGUGAAGAACAAACAUGUUGAGGCUCGCAGCUAAGAGGCUUUCCUCUCUCUCCUCCACUCCGUCGAGGGCCAACCACGCCGCCGCCGCGUUUCUCUCCCGGAGCCCCGCCGCACCGCCCUCCGAGGAACGCAGAUCCGACCCGUUUUCGCCCCGACCCCAAUUCUUCCUUCCCAUCAGAGGUUUUGCUACUGAAACCCUGAUCCACACCAAAGAAAACAGUAUUAUUCCUGAAAUUCCUGCAACUGUAUCAGCUGUUAAAAACCCUUCAUCAAAGAUUGUAUAUGAUGAACACAACCACGAACGAUUUCCUCCUGGUGACCCAAGCAAAAGGGCAUUUGCCUACUUUGUCCUAUCUGGUGGUAGAUUUAUCUAUGCCUCUCUGGUUCGUCUCCUUGUCCUCAAGUUUGUGCUCAGCAUGUCAGCAAGUAAGGAUGUUCUUGCUCUGGCUUCACUUGAAGUUGAUCUCUCUAGCAUUGAGCCAGGCACCACUGUGACUGUUAAGUGGCGUGGAAAGCCAGUAUUCAUCAGGCGCAGAACAGAAGAUGAUAUUAAGCUGGCAAACACCGUUGAUGUUGGAUCUCUUCGUGAUCCCCAGCAGGAUGCCGAAAGAGUCAAGGACCCAGAAUGGCUCAUUGUGAUUGGGGUUUGCACACAUUUGGGUUGCAUUCCCUUGCCAAAUGCUGGUGACUUUGGUGGAUGGUUUUGCCCAUGCCAUGGUUCACAUUAUGAUAUUUCUGGCAGAAUUAGGAAGGGACCAGCACCAUACAAUCUGGAGGUACCAACUUAUACCUUCUUGGAUGAGAACAAGUUGUUGAUUGGUUGAAAACCUCCAUCUGCUUCCUAGUGGAACGAGUCCACAAUUUUUUUGAUUUAUUGGAUAAUGUCGAAACGUGCCAUAGACAUCUUUGGCCUUGGAAUCCUUUUUUUUUUUUUUGUUUAGCAAGUGUUUAUGUAACUCGGAAAUUUGAGUAUUACUGCUUGACGAGACUUGUAUCAAUAAUCGCCUGACAUUUUUGCAUGUCGUAUGAAUGUUCAAAAUCUGAUGCCUCAGGCAUAUUGCAUUGUAUUUUGCAUAUCAUGAAUAACAUUUGGAAAACUAUUUAGCAAA